GACGGUACGAAUAACACCACUGUGGCGCAGCAGGAAAUAAAACGAGCGCCAUUUUGUAACAUUUCUAACAUCAUUUCGAAUGCAACAGCCUAGCUCGAUUGAACGACAGAGAUCGCCCCAUUUGAGUACAUUAAUUCUAUUUUCCACGAUUCGCUAAGGUCAAAGCGAACUUCAAAAGGGACAGAAAGAUGGCAGAGGGCAGCAUAUCUGAGCCAGAAUCGGGGAUAACUGCCAAGAAAACACAGGAAUGCUCCAUCUGCUUCACCGAGUACAAGGAUCCCAGGAUGCUGGAGUGCUCACAUACGUUCUGCCUGCAAUGUCUCCAAGAACUCAAACAAGCUCAGAACAAGGAAGACAAGAACAUUAGCUGUCCUUUAUGCCGCAAGGAAACCAUUCUGACAGAAGGAGUAGAACAACUACCUAGCUGCCAAGAGGGUGUUACUAAGGAGGAAGAUCAAGACGGAGGUCAAGUGUCAAAGGUCAUAUGUCAGGCUUGUGAUGAGGAGAAUGAGGCUAUUUGUAGAUGUAUGGAUUGUGAGCAAUAUCUCUGCAAGGAAUGUCAGAGAGCACAUCAGCGUUGGGUAGCUUUUAGAAAACACAAGAUAUCAGAGUUGGAGCCAGACGGUAAGCUCAAGGACUAUGUACCCAGGUGUAAGGAACAUCCUGAGCAGGAACUUUGCUUUUACUGUAACACCUGUGAUGCUCUGAUCUGUAGCGAAUGUACCAUCUCCAAGCACAAGAAAUCUUCGCACUUCUUCGACAGCAUUGAAACAGCUUUUUCGAAAUGUAGUCAAGAAAUAAAUGAAGCAGUUUCUCAGACAGCCAGGUGCAUACAGGAGUCAGAUCGGGUUGACAUAGAUCAUUCACGGCACAGACUGGCUACGAUGUUACGAAGGACAAAGAUACGGAUUUCCCUCGCGGCUGAAGAGGAGAUUGCCAAUAUCAAACAGGAGGAGCAGGGACUGAGACAACAAGCUCAAGAUAUUUUCGCGCAGAGGGACAAGCAGUUCGCAUUUGCUGCGACAGGUAACCAGACUGUAAACAAAGUGAAGAGCAUGCUGAGCGACGCAAGUUGUUAUGAAGUUCUUGGGUCAAAGACGAAGCUACUGCAGGAUUUGAGAGAACACACGGAGAUACGAUCAGGUAGAGGCAUUAGCCACCAGCAGUCAUUUGUUUGCUUCGAAAAAGGUCAUUCUAGGUAUGGUAAACAAAUUGGCAGUCUUAAGGAGCGAGAGUAUUGGCGCACCGGCGGGAUAUCGUGCGAAUACAACGAUGAAAUGCCCAAGCCCCACGGAUGGACUUGUAUGACAGCAUAUUCAACGGGUAAGCUAGUACUUUCAGGCGAUGAUGAGUUCAUUUCGUGUAAUACAGACUUACAUGAGAAAGGCACUGGCUAUAACCCAACUGCGCUCACAGUGAACAGUGAGGAUCAACUAGUUCUCCUGGACGGUUUAUCGGUCAAGGUUCUGAAUCAAGAAUUUCAGAUGCUUCAUCAGUUUGUACCCAGUAAAAUGGCAAACAUCGAUGGCAGACCAACAUGUCUUGCAGUGGAUGAACACGAUGUGAUAGCAGUGGGUUACAACGAAAGAGAACAGAUAUCACUUCACAACCCGGACGGAACUCUCAUCAAAACACUGCCUGCUCCAAAGAUCGAGAACCGUUUGGUUGUCAGCAACAAGCGGCUGAUCUAUACAGUAGAAAACAAAUCAGAUAAUUGUAAGAUCACGGCUGCAGACUUCGCUGGAGAUUCACUAUUCACCAUCGACACAAACCUUUCCCAUGGUGUGCCAUGUUGCGAUGAAGCAGGGGACAUUUAUUUUGCAACUGAAGGCAGUUUGCUUCACUGCAGCGCAGAUGGCGUGAUUGUACAGUCUUGGGAACGCAGUAAUAUACCUCGCCCUAAAGAUAUUAUUUAUCUCCCUGAUGAAGGCAAAAUUCAUGUGCUUGGUGAGGAAGAUGUGCGCAUGUGUUAUGUUGGAUACUGAGACUUUUUGAGUUGGUACACAAGCGAAAAUGGACUUCUGUUUCACUUGUGCUCUUCAACAACUCGACUAACAAUUAUUUUUGGAACUGGCUUGAUGAGAAGGUCCCUGACGUCAUUUAUGCUAGUAGACCACUACCCUGACUCCUCAACGCCCCCCCCCCCCCCUUCUUCAAAAACUUGCCUAUAUAGUUUGUGACUUAUUUGGAAGAUACUGUCCAUGGAUCUAGUUUUCAAAUACGAUUGAACAUUCAAUGAUAUAUUUUCCAGAAUCUUGUUAACGACAAGAUUUUACGUGCUACAAUAACAAUUAACAACAAAAUGAGAGAUCACAUGCCUUUCUGUGAUUUGAGCGAGAUUUUUCAAUUGCAAACGGAAUUACUGGUGCAUGUUUAUUUUAAAGUGUAGCAUUUUAAUUUUUUGAAACGCAUAUAUGGAUUAUGUUAAUUUAGGCUGAAGUUCAUAGAAGUUAAUUCAAUAUGCAACUAGAAAGCAGAUCAGAGAGCGCAAACCUCCGCCAAGGCUAACAAUUCCCCGCCAUAUUGUCAGUACACCCAAAAGAAAUACUCGCAUAAAUGGUGAAGAAUCCUUAAGAAACAAUCCUGGAUCCUCACCCAGAUCCGGAUCACUUCCAAAAUCUAAUGGAUUUGUACAACUAGGACCAGCCAAAAAAACAUGUUCAUGCAAUUCUUUCCAUAACUUCUUGAGUUAUCUUGUUAACAAACAAAUCAAUCAACUAACCAACCAACCAACCAAAAAAUCCGAUGAAAACAUAACCUACUUGGCGGGGGUAAUAAAUAUAUCCUUACUACUAAAAAGUAAUUA